AUGGCCCCGGCCCCGGCCCCGCCGCGCCGCCCCCGGCCCCGGCUCCCGCUGCCGGUGCCGCUCCCGCUGCCGGUGCCGCUCCCGGUGCUGCUCCCGCUGCUGCUCCCGCUGCUGCUCCCGCCGGUCGCUGCCUUCAACCUGGAGGCGUCGCGGCCCGCGGUCUUCCGCGGGGCCCCCGGCUCCUUCUUCGGCUUCGCGCUGGACUUUUACCUGCCCGAGCCCCGCAGUGUCAGCAUCCUGGUGGGGGCCCCCAAGGCCAACACGAGCCAGCCCAAUGUCACCCAGGGGGGGGCCGUGUUCCACUGCCCGUGGCCCCCCGGGGGCGGCUGCACCCCCAUCGACUUCGACCACAUCGGGACCCGCACCCACGACUUUGGGGGCAACAGCAGCGACGGCCCCGAGCCCGUGGAGUUCAAAUCCCUGCAGUGGUUCGGGGCCACCGUGAGGGCCCACAACGGCUCCAUCCUGACAAUGGGGACACUGGGAACAUUGGCGACACUGGGGACAAUGGGGGGACACAACGGCUCCAUCCUGGCUUGUGCCCCCCUGUACAGCUGGAGCCCCCCCAAGGAGGAGGGGGGGGCGCGGGAGCCGGUGGGCUCCUGCUUCCUGUCCCUGGGCAACUUCUCCAAGUUCGUGGAGUACGCGCCCUGCCGCUCAGACCUGAACUCGGCGGCCGGGCAGGGCUACUGCCAGGGGGGCUUCAGCGCCGAGUUCACCCAGACCGGCCGGGUGCUCCUGGGGGGGCCUGGCAGCUACUUCUGGCAAGGUGAGAGCCUGGCCUGGCCUGGCCCU